ACCCUAAUAAAACGAGUCGUUGGUGCCUGUUUUGUGUGUCGGUGCUGGCAUGCUCCACCCUGUCGACAGGUUAUGGCCGAUCGCCUAGAGCCGUAUAACCCACCAUUUACGUUUACCGGGGUCGAUUACUUCGGACCAUUUCAAGUAAAGGUUGCCCGACGGUCGGAAAAGAGGUAUUGCUGCCUUUUCACAUGCCUCAGAAUCUGUGCGGUUCACAUUGAGGUAGUGUCGUACCUGGGGACAGAUUCGUUCCUAUGUGCAUUUGGCAGGUCCGUCGCUCAAAGAGGGUGCCCACGAAAGGUCUACAGUGAUAACGGACUCAAAUUUAAAGGAGCUGAGAGAGAACUAAAGCUGUUGCUGCAGGAAUGGAACCAAGAACGCAUAGGUAGCUCCGUUGUACCGAAGGGAUGGCGCCAGGCUCAAAAUCUUUCUGAUUUGUUCUGGAAAAAGUGGAUCAGCGCUUAUCUACCCUCCUUGCAGGUCAAACGAAGGUGGACAAAUGAGGCCCCGCAACUUGCAAUCGGCGAUUUUGUCCUAAUCGUCGACAAAGUGGCACCACGCGGACUCUGGAAGAAGGCCAUCGUUGAAAAGAUACCUCGAUCCAACGAAGGUAAAGUGAGAGAUGUCGUGUUGAGAACACAAUUCGGAACACUGAUGAGGGACGUGCGCAGCUUGUGCCUGCUGGAAAACCACGAACCACACAAUGAACGACGUCGCUCUCACGAAGGAUACCAGAAAACCUUGCGGGGCGUGUACUUCCUUCCGUAG